AUGUCCUUUUCCACGGCGCGAUCCGCCGCAGUUUCCUCCGUGCGCCGUGCUCUCCGUCCGCGCGGCGGAGGUGGCGGCGGCAGCUGGUGGGGGCCGGGGCACAAGGACGCGGGGGGGCACCUCUUCGGGGAGCUUCCGCCGCCCGCGGGGCAGGCGCGCGCGUGGGAGGACUGGGAGGCGCCGUACUAUCUGACAAUGGGGGCCGCCGCUGUGAUCCUCACGGUGGGCCUCACGGCGAAGCCCGACACGAGCCUGCACGGGUGGGCGCGGGACGAGGCGAAGCGACGAAUGCAGGAGGAGGAGGAGCAGUAG